UGUGACUCGGACCCCACAUUAUAUUUCGCUGGCGCUCGCCUCUUUACGCACAGCCUCUCCCGCUCCGCAGUCUGCCUUCUCCGUCGGACCAGAAGCUCUUUUAUUUCACCCACUCAUCCGGCCGUGAACUCGCCGCUCUCUCCAUCUCUGCGCUCGUCGUAGCUCAACCCCAGUGGCCAUUUAAAGGACGAACAAGGAGGACUGGACAUGUUCGGGAUGCGGAGGGGACUCAUCGGGCUGUCCACAUGUUGGUGCCUGCUGAUGCUGCUUCAUUUCUCGCCUCAAGCAGAUGCAGCCUUCGUGUGCAGCUCCACUCAGUUGAAGUGUGCAAAUGGGAGGUGCAUCACCCGCAGGUGGAUUUGUGAUGGGUCCGACGACUGUGGUGAUGGAACUGAUGAACUGCCUGCAACCUGUGCAACCAAAACAUGUCUGCAGUCAGAGUUCAGCUGCGGCGGUCCCACCAACCAGUGUAUACCAGGAGGCUGGCACUGUGACGGCAAAGCUGAAUGCAUCAACGGAGCGGACGAGAACAACUGCACGGCCAAACAAUGCGCCGCUGGCGAGUUCCGCUGCAGCAACGGCCAGUGUGUGUCCCCAACCUUCGUGUGCGACGGCGACGACGACUGCUCAGACGGCUCGGACGAGGCGUCCUGCUCCAAGCCCAGCUGCAGCCCGCUGUCCUUCCAGUGCAACAACUCGGUGUGCGUGCCGGCCCAGUGGAGCUGCGAUGGAGACGCGGACUGUGCCGACGGGUCGGACGAGUGGCCGCAGAACUGUGUGGGACGGCAGCCGGACAAGGCGGCGCAGCGCUGCGGCCCCGACGACUUCCAGUGUGCCAACGGGGAGUGUAUCCACAGCAGCUGGAGGUGUGACGGAGGCACCGACUGCCAGGACCGAUCGGACGAGGUCAACUGCAGUGAGUUCCCAGGUCGUCCCACCUGUCUACCAGAUGAGUUCCAGUGUAUGGACGGUGCUUGCAUCCAUGGCAGCCACCAAUGUGAUAAUGUACCCAACUGCAGGGACCUCAGUGAUGAGUUUGGCUGCCACACAGAAAAUGUGUGUGAAGCCCCCACGAAGUUCAAGUGUCACAGCGGGGAGUGUAUCAGCAUGGACAAAGUGUGCGACAAAAAGAAAGACUGCAAGGACUUGUCCGAUGAACCUGCUGGAGAGUGUGGCAGAAACGAGUGUUUGACUAGAAACGGUGGCUGCUCCCAUUCCUGCAGCGACCUGAAGGUCGGCUACAACUGCUCCUGCCCUGCUGGAUACAGCCUGAAGACAGACAAGAAAACCUGUGAAGACAUUGAUGAAUGUGCUGAGGCGGACACUUGCACUCAGAUCUGCAUCAACCUGCCCGGCAGCUACAAGUGCGAUUGUAAGGAGGGUUACGAGAUCGACCUCGUGAGCAAGACAUGCAGGGCCGAAUCAGGCACCGUACCCACACUCUACUUCACCAAUAGACACGAGGUGAGGAAGAUGACGGUGGACCGCAGAGAGUACGUCCGACUGAUCCCCCAGCUGAAGAACGCGGUGGCUCUGGACCUGGACAUGUCUAACAAGAUGAUCUUCUGGUCCGACCUGUCUCUGAAGAAAAUCUACAGCUCCAAGAUAGACGUGGCCGGUAACUCCUCCUACCACUCUGUGGUGAUUGGUAGCGGCAUUGAGGCCCCAGAAGGCAUUGCGGUGGAUUGGAUCCAUGGCAACAUCUACUGGACUGACGGCGUUUUAAAGACUAUCUCUGUGGCAACGACAGAUGGCAGCAAGAGGAAGACCCUGAUCACUACAAACCUGGGGAAGCCAAGAGCCAUCACAGUCGACCCUGUCAAUAACUUUAUGUACUGGACCGACUGGGGUCAUGAGGCCAAGAUAGAGAAGAGUGGGUUGAAUGGAGUGGAUCGCGUUGCCUUAGUAACAGAGAACAUCCUGUGCCCCAACGGCAUCACCCUCGACAUGGUCAACCAGCGUCUGUACUGGGUGGACUCCAAGAUGCACACUCUGUCCAGCAUUAACGUGAACGGAGGAACACGACACAACCUCAUCUCCGGCGAGGAGAAGCUUGCACACCCCUUCUCUUUGACUGUCUUUGAGGACAGAGUGUUUUGGACCGACUUGAUCAACAGAGCUGUUUUCAGUGCCAGCCGCGUGACCGGGAAGGACAUCACUCAGCUGGCAAUGGACCUGUACCAGCCAGAGGACAUCGUGCUGUACCACAACCUCAAGCAGCGAACUGGUACAAACUUGUGCAGAGUUGAUGCCAAUGACAAUGGAGGAUGCGAGUUCCUGUGCCUCCCUGCCCCGCAGAUCAACAAGCACUCGCCUAAAUACACCUGCGCCUGUCCUGACCACACUACCAUGGGGCCCGACAUGAGGACAUGCGUGAUUACAGCCACAGUUGCCCCUCCUGCCAAAAACAUGACGCCCAAAGCUCCCACUGAGCCUGCUACAACACGCAGGCCGGCUGUCACCACCACAUCUACAACUACCACCAUAGUUACCAAGAAAGACACAACGACCUCCUCUGGCCCGCAAAGCACACAGCAGCCUGCCGCUACUGCUCAAGGUAACCGACUGGCAGCCUUGCCCGAAGAAGCCCCUUCAUCCCCCUCGAUUGCUCUCUACGUCAUAUUGCCAAUCUUGGUCAUGUCCCUGCUGGUCUUUGGAGCAAUGUUUCUGUGGAGACAUUGGCGUCUGAAGAACAACAACACCAUCCACUUUGAUAAUCCAGUGUACCAGAAAACCACAGAGGAUGAGAUGCACAUCUGCAGGAACAGCUCUGAUGGCUACGUUUAUCCUCAGAGGCAAAUGCUAAGCAUGGACGACAUGGAUGUUGCAUGACCGUGAGAUAGCAUUAGCUGUAUUUAAAGGGAUUUUCUUUUUCUGAUGCAAACGUGAAGCAACAGAGGCCUUUUUUAUUUUACUGCUGCUGGUUAAACCCGCCCCCAUGACCUCAUUUUGUGUCUUAUAUUUCUUACCUCAGCGCUGUGCCGUCCAAGUCGGAAGAAAAUACUAAGAAAAAGAAGAAAAAGAAAGAAUUUUAAAACGUUAGUAGCCUAUGACUAAAUUAAGCAAAACAGCAGGAAGCCAUUUAGUCAGACCACAAAAUGACUUCAGGAUGAAGGAUUACUGCUUGCUUUCAGAAGAUGAAGCCUUGACUCAGCUGCUUGCAGCUAUCUAAAAAUUGUCUUGCUUUGCCACCAACACGGUCAACUCAUUAUGUCGAUCAAAUGCACCUCACGUAAGUAGGACAAGUUUAACAUGAAAAGCCUGACCUAUACUCUGUCUUUAUUCGUGUGCCUUCCAUCAACAUUCUAGUUAUACAACAAAGUUAAUGGGAUGUGCAUAAAUGCCUUACUGACCUCACUACCUCCCAAACCAGUUUCUGUGGUAGUUAAUGCGAUAGGGCUUUAGCAACGCGCAGUGAUGGCCUUUUAUUGUGAGACUGCGACCUUCUCUUCUCCCGGGUACAGGGUUGCACAUUUAGCUGGCUCCAAUAUCAGAGUCUUUCGUCUUAAUCAUCCAUCAUGUCUCCAAUGUGAACCCCAUUUUAAUUUUAUUUUAAUUUUUGCCCUUUUGUGACCUGUCUUUAAGAGUGUGGAGAGUUGGUUUACAUUGUAAAUGGAAAAGCUGCUUUUCUGAAGUGAAACCGAAAUGAAUAAACUUUUUUUUAAUGAAGACAAUCAAGUACAAAUCAUAACACUGUAAAUAGUUCCUGUAAAUAUGGUGUAAAACUCUCUUAAAUUCACUCUUAUACUUUUGUACAGUUUAAUCAAGAGAUAUUGUAAAUAUGUCAGAUUCUUUUAUUUAUUUAUGGAAAAACAUGAGAGACGGUUUUUGAUUGUAGUCAUCUGACUAAAUACAGUAAUAUUAUAUAUUAAGCCAGUAUAACCGUUACACUGUAAAGCUGUUGCCUAACUUAUGUUCAAUCAAAGCUCUGGUCAUGCUGCUCAGUUGUGUGUGUGUGUGUGUGUGUGUGUGUGUGUGUGUGUGUGUGUGUGUGUGUGUGUGUGUGUGUGUGUGUGUGUGUGUGUGUGUGUGUGUGUGUGUGUGUGUGUGUGACGUCCUGUACGAGUUACUACUUACAAAGGAAUGCUAAAGGACCUCUCUUUGUCCCUGAUUCGAUUGUUUACUUUUUCAGGGAUAAAUGACAUAAUUUAUAUUGCUUCAGCUUUUCUGUUACGAUGACUUUUUGUUUUCACUGUGAGAUUAGGGUACAUAUAGUGUCGUGUGCAAAGCAGCACCAUAUAUGUACCGACAACAGCCGGCUUGUUAAUGCACAUUGCUUUGUUUGUUUUCAGUUGUGUUGGUCUUUUUCUAAAUAAAAGAAAAACUCUUUAAAAAUA